AGUCCGCAGACAGACAGGCAGUCGGCUUCCCAGAACCGGGCUUUUCUUACCCUGGAAGUAUCCUAACGAGCCAGAGCCAGGGGCGGCCGGUGGGAGGAGGCAAAGAGACCGCAGCUGCUCCGCCGCACAGCCUCUUUGACAGCCUCAAGAGGAAGCAUCCACCAGCGCCAACCGAUGUCUACGGAGUUGUUUGAAGGCCGGGACCUUGACGGGUUAGGAGAGCAAGCAACAGACGCACAGACCAGACUGACAGACAUCUGCAGCGGCGCAACGGGUAGCAGCAUGUCGUCCAUACCGGAAUACUACGCUGGCAAGAAUGUGCUGAUCACGGGAGCCACAGGCUUCAUGGGAAAAGUGUUGGUGGAGAAGCUGCUGAGGUCCUGCCCUGAGGUCAAAGCCCUCUACAUCCUGGUUAGACCCAAAGCUGGGCAGUCCAUGCAGCAGAGGGUCAGCGAUAUGAUGAAGUGCAAGCUUUUCGACCGAGUGAGGGAGGAAAACCCCAAUUUCCACCAGAAGAUCAUCCCAGUCAGCAGCGAGCUGAUGCAGCCCGGCCUGGCCAUCAGCCCAGAGGACGUGGAGAAGCUCACCGCCUGCAUCAACAUCGUCUUCCACUGCGCCGCCACCAUCCGCUUUGAUGAGCCACUCAAACACGCCCUUCAGCUGAAUGUGAUCGCCACACAGCAGCUCCUCAGCCUGGCCCAGCAGAUGCAUCACCUUGAGGCCUUCAUUCACAUCUCCACCGCCUAUGCAAACUGCAAUCGCAAGCACAUCGACGAGGUCAUCUACCCGCCGCCCGUCGAGCCCAAGAAACUCAUAGACUCCCUUGAGUGGAUGGACGACGGCAUCGUGCGGGACAUAACGCCACGGCUCAUUGGCGACAGGCCCAACACGUACACCUACACCAAAGCCCUGGCUGAGUACGUGGUCCAGCAGGAGCAAGACAAGCUCAACAUUGGCAUUGUCAGACCCUCCAUAGUGGGAGCCAGUUGGCAAGAGCCUUUUCCUGGUUGGAUCGACAACUUCAACGGGCCAAGCGGCGUCUUUAUAGCUGCGGGAAAGGGUAUCCUGCGCACCAUGAGGGCCAACAAUGAUGCAGUGGCUGAUCUGAUCCCUGUGGAUGUGGUCAUUAACCUUACUCUGGCUGCUGGCUGGUACACUGCUGUACACAGACCUAAAACAGCCCUGGUGUACAACUGCACAACUGGCGGCAUCAACCCGUUCCACUGGGGAGAGAUCGAGCAUCAUGUGAUGUCCUCCUUCAAGAGAAACCCCUUGGAGCAGGCUUUCCGAAGACCCAACGCUAACAUCACCUCCAACUACCUGAUCAACCAGUACUGGAUCCUGGUCAGCCACAAGUUCCCCGCUUUCAUCUACGACCUCUUCCUGCGCCUCUCCGGGCAGAAGCCGCAGAUGAUGCGUAUCUUCAAUCGUCUGCACAAGGCCAUCAGCCUGCUGGAGUAUUUCAGCAGCCAGGACUGGGAGUGGAACUCUGAGAACAUGAACAUGCUCAUGAGCCAGCUAACCCCUGAGGACAGGAAGACAUUUAACUUUGAUGUCCGCCAGCUGAACUGGCCCGAGUAUAUUGAGAACUACUGCAUUGGCACUAAGAAGUACGUCCUGAAUGAAGACAUGUCUGACAUUCCUGCUGCCAGGCAGCACCUGAGGAAACUGAGGAACAUACGCUACACUUUCAACACCCUGCUGAUUGUAUUCAUCUGGAGGGUGUUUAUCGCCCGCUCCCAGAUGGCCAGAAACAUCUGGUACUUUGUGGUCAGCCUCUGUUUCAAGUUCCUCUCCUACUUCCGUGCAUCCAGCACCUUAACCAUUUGAGUCUUCCUCACACCAGAAUCGGCAGCCCUUGCCUUUAGCUGUCAGCAGGAAGAAAAAAUCCACUGAGGACACUCCAAAUCCUUAAUGUUGACAAGCAGGGCUCUGAACAGGUGGGGGCGGCAGUUGAGUGAAGAAGGGAAAAAUGAGGUCUACUAGCCAUGAAUUAAAUGUUCAGUUUGGAAAUCUGUCAUCUAUUCAUGCACUUUUCAGUCUCAAACCCCAUCCAAAAGAAGUGUUGUCAUUCAUUUUGUACCUACUGUUUUCUUCUCAAAGUGGCCAUUUAUAUAUGCAACAAUAAGCCUUUUGUGUGAUUUCCAUUUUCUUUUCCACCCUCUUGAAUCUUGAUACAUCGCCUUGCCUUGUGAUUUUUUUUUUUUUUUUUCUCCCCAUACUUGAAUUAUGGCACUGUGUCAUUGGAGGACAAUUUCUAUAAGAUCAUUAUGGUUCUGUUUUUUGUUUGUUUGUUUUUUUACUGUGGGGAUCUCCAGUUCUUGUCUUUAAUACGCGGGUGAUUUCGAUAUCUGUAUGUCUUUGCAGUGAGUGCACGACUGCCUUUUUUUUUUCUUUUCACACAAAAAACUCACUCACCGGUUUUCUAUCUUGAUGCCAAUCCGCAGUAUAUUGAGACUAGUAUUAAAGUUAAACCCAGACCACACAAGACCUGCAUAUGACUACAGAUACAAAAACAUACAGAUCUGCCACUUUUCCUGCUAUUAAGGUUGUCACUUAUUUAUGAUCACAAAUGUUGAUGUCCGUCCAUCUUGUUUGAAUGCUCAUCCACUUUUUGCCUGUUUGUACAGCAGUUUGUACUGAAACUAAGUUUACUACUUUUACAUCUUUAUACCUGCGCCAAAGGCUAGUCCGAUUAUAUGUGGUAGACCUUGGCCAUGUAGAAUAUAUAAAUAAGAGUAAAUCAGAGUGAAGUUUAUUUGUAUAGCCCAGUAUAUAAUGCACAUUGUUUCCCAAUUGUUUCUAAGCAAGCUUUCUAAGAAGACAACUCCCCCAAAACAUUAGCAUGUUAGGGAAAAACAAUUCAAAAAGAUUCACCAUCUCCUCUGACAGAUGGAGGUGAAGCAGCUGCUACUGAUCCAGUUAUAAUGGUUCAAUAUGAGCAUGUCUCACAGUAUAGAAGAUGCAUGCUGUGGACCAUUGCAGCUAACUGCAGGGAAGAAGCCCAAAUUCAUGCCCAGAUUGCAAAUGAUCCAACCCAGUGGAAAUGAAAAAUAAAAUGAGUGGGCCUAGUACUGAACGCUGAGGGAUCCCACACCUUACAGUGGAGUUGGAAGUCAGGCUCACAGUGGUAAACGAGUUAUAUUUGAGUCAGUGGUACCCAUUAGGUCUUAUGCAGUGAUGCUUUGAAUGCUCCUGAGAUGCAAAUCCUGAUUUAAAUGUAACCAUCUGGAUGAAAAUAUUCUGUCUGCUUAAAAAAGGCUGGCACCUGUGAAGAUGAAAGCUCUCCUUUCUGUUCUGAUUUCCUCUGACAGUCUUUAAGAUUACAAAAAGGCAAAUGAGGUGCUUUAAAACAGUCUUCAGCAUGAGUAUGAAGUUACGGCAGAGAGGCUGAGAGUGAUCAGAUUUUGAAGUAAUUAGUAAUUUUGAUCUGAGUUGGCAUUGUAUCAUCUACAGCAGAGUACUUCAGCUUUUUAAAAGGGAAAGGGCAGCGAACAGAGUUGAGUGUCACCUGCAUAUAGGCAGAAAUUCAUGCCCCAGUUGCAAAUGAUUCUUCCUAAACUAAGAAAAAACUUAACAUGACAACCAGUGGCCAAUUUAAGCCCAGAUUUAAAUUUAAACAGUCCUAAAUGAGGGACUAGGAAUACAGUUAAACCCUCCUGGUAUUACAUCCUUACCCCGUAUUUGAAAUAUCUGUAAAUAGAUGCUUACACAUUAUUCUUAUAGACUACCAAAAACUUUUAUUUGACUGUUGAUUUUUGGUUGAGUGUCUUCACAGAGCUUCCCACAGAGUCUACCAAAAGUGUGACAAGAAAGUAUAAUUUUUACUGAAAGAAUGAGACAGCUGUGUACAGUAUUGUAAAUGUUGCAAGGCAUUACUCUUGACAGAAUUAAAAAAUACUUAACAGUGAUGAGCCUUUAUGGGAGAAAAAGGGACUAAACUAAAUGUUUAUGCAAAGCCUGUGUCUGGUGAAGUCAUGGUAACUGUCCUCUUAAUUUCAGACCCAAAACGUCGUACAAGGCCUGCAUGAUGAAGCAGUUGCGUCAGAUUGUUCUCAAAGAGCUACAGGGCUAUAUUAAUGGUGUUGUCACUAUGGAGUUUUGCUCUUUUGUGUGUCUGUCUCUUUGUUUUUGUUUUUUCUUUUUUUUAAACGCAGAGCACUGUUGGUACCAUAAAACCCCAAGCUGGAGCUACUGUUACUGUAUGUAACAAAUAGCGUCACAUAACCGAUGACUUCGUGUUAUUUCUGGUGUCAUUUGCAAAAUGUCUGACCACCUGUAUUCCCUGCUCUGACAACACUUAAGUCUGCUUGGCAAAACUGAAAUAAACUCAAAGAGAAAAGGUG